CACUGUUUCUUCUAAUUCCACUCUUGAGUUUAUACAGGCGACUAUCAAGAUGGCGAUUCAGAUUACCGCAUCGGACCAGUUCCAGCACAUCCUUCGUAUCCUCAACACCAACGUUGACGGUCGUCAGAAGGUCACUGUGGCUCUUACUGCAAUCAGGGGUAUCGGACGUCGUAUGGCCACCGUUGUAUGCAAGGUAGCCGGUAUCGAUGUAACUAAGAGGGCUGGUGAGCUCACCACUGAUGAGAUCAACAAGGUUGUAACUAUCAUCAGUUCCCCUGCUGACGUUAUGAUUCCAGCCUGGUUCCUUAACAGGCAGAAGGACUACAAGGAGGGUAAGAAUCUCCACAACACUGCUAACAUGCUUGACACUUGCUUGCGUGAUGACUUGGAGCGCAUGAAGAAGAUGCGUCUUCACAGGGGUCUCAGGCACUACUGGGGACUCAGGACUCGUGGUCAGCACACCAAGAGUACCGGUCGUCACGGCAAGACUGUUGGUGUCGUUAAGAAGAAGUGAGCGCCUAUGCCUUCCACGGGCCCACAUUACGAUAUGCGCGAUGGACUUUAACCAUCAAUGUCGUUUAUAGUCGCUA